AUGACACAACGCGAAACGAAUCACGAUCGGUUCCGCAUUCCCAACGUGGUCCUUAUUCCCUUUGCUCUCGUGCAAUCGCAAGUUUUUUGGGUGUGUUCGGUUAUAUGGACGCUGUGUAUGCAAUGGUCCACUGAAGAGCAUCAAGCACCAACAACGACUUGUGCUAUUACCAAAGAUGAUGAACACACCAACAAGAUAGCACUUCCACAAGAUCCUCGAGUUGAGCAUUUACGGCGCCUAGGCCGACAACGACGACCACGCGGAAAUUCGGAACCACCCACACCGACAACGACAACAUCAAUGGCUGAUCUUAUUGAUGGUGGUGGAUGCAGUGAUGGAGGCAUUGGAGGAGGAGGAGGAGGAGGACGUGCUCGAUGUACAACGAUUAGUUUUCCACCUUCACGUAAACAACGAUUAUUACAGACUCGUCGUCAAUUAGAAGGGAUUGAAAUUCGGCCAAGUCGAGAAGAUGAAAAGGCUGGUGCAACUUGUCCUCCUCAAUGGUGGCAAAAGACCCGAUUUUACAUUGACGCCCUAAAACAUCAACAACAACAACAACCUGCAGCAGCAGCUUCCUCAUCCACUUCCACUCUACCAACAUUGCCAAGCUCAACAACAUCAACACCUCCAUCACCUGAUGCAUCUCCUAUUAUUGUCGCAUCUCCCCCUGCAAUGUCCGAGGAUGUCCAACAACAACAACAACAUGAACUCUCCUCUUCCUUGGCAUCACCAAAACAGCAACAGCCAUCAUCAUCAGCCACAUUACCAUCUCCAUUACCAUCAGCAGCACAAUCAAAACCUCAAGUGGAUGAAAAGAAAACACGUCGACGAGCAACCAUUCUUGGUCUUUUACAUCAUCAACAUCGUUCAUCAUCAAAAGAAGACGUGAAUACCCGUGACACUAAGACCAACAAGAAACCACAACGCCGUACUCGUUCAUUCUUCUGGAAGAAAAAAUCGACCGUCAAUGCAUCCUCAUAA